UCUGGGGACAGAGUAGGUGGAGUUACUUUAUAACAUGUGUGAAGACAGUCACUGAAAGGACUUGGUUCCAUUGAUCAGUGAAGCACUUUGGUGUGUUGUUAAUGGAAAUGGAGUGGUUUCAAGUGUUGGGAUUUCUUGGAUUAUUUGUCGUUUUCAGUGGAGCCCAGAACACACCAAGGCCCAGCAUGGCCCCCGGCCCUUCAUACCUGAUCUCUGUUCCGAGGGUGCUACGGCCUGGUGUCCCCAUCACACUAUCAGUCACUAUCCUCACCAAGGCGGUGGAAGUCCAAGUCGUUACUGAGAUUGUUAAUGGUAAUAACACUGUUGUCACAGAAACAACCAUAAUUCAAGGAGGUUCUACUGAGGUGCUGGUUCUUUCACCGAUCCCUGACAGUGAACUGAGCUAUUGGCACCCCUACACGCUGGUGGUCAAGGGCUAUGUCGGGAUGGGCAAUAUGGUGUUCACCAACUCUACGGUCCUGCGUUUUAACCCCAAAAGCUCAUCCACGUUUAUUCAGACAGACAAGGCCAACUACAGGCCUGGGCAGGUUGUGAAGAUUCGGGCAGUGUCCAUUUACCCAGACGGCAAGCCAUAUAUGGGCAAGAUAGAUAUUAUCAUUAAGGAUCCUAAGGCAAACAUGAUCCGGCAGUGGUUGUCAUUGGACAGUGUUCUGGGUGUUCUGUCCCAAGAGUUUCAGCUGUCUAAGAAUCCAUCCCUUGGCAAGUGGACCAUUGUGACGUCUGUCAAUGAAGUUGUGAGUGAAAAACAAUUCAACGUGGAACAUUAUGUGCUGCCCAGGUUUGAGGUGUGGAUAGAGGCUCCCAGUGUCCUUCAUCAUGAUGAUACUCUCUGGGGCAUGGUCACUGCUAAAUACAUGUAUGGGAAGCCUGUGCAAGGUCACAUGAACAUAACCUACUUGCAUCGUUUUCAUGGCAUCGGUGUGAGUUCUGAUGAUCAUAAAGAGAUUCACGGCUCGACGGAGUUCUCUUUUGAUGUGCCUGACUACCAGGCCAUGUAUAAACGAUCUGCAGACAACAUGUAUGAGGAUUAUGAGAACGAUGAGUUUCUUACCAUCAUAGUUUAUGUCACAGAGUCCCUGACAGGACUGACCUAUCACAGCACUAUGGAGGUGGGUGUGGUUAAAUGUAGAUAUAACCUUGCCUUCCGUGGAUACCCCAGCUAUAUAAAGCCCCCUUUGAACUUCACCGCUGAGCUGAAAAUAUCCACGUACAACAAGCGGCCCCUGACUCGAGAGGACCAGGGGAAGACUGUUACAAUCUCCGUAACACAGCAAAGGCACAGUCCAUGGAGCUGGAAGCUGGACGACUUGGGGUUAAUGCUGCCUCGCGUGUUGCUAAACUCUACUGGUCCUGGCCUCCCUCCAAUGCCAGAUGAGAUACCAGUCCAGACAAUGGUUUUACCUGUGCCUGCAGACGGGGUCAUCCCCAUUCACAUACAGCUCUCAGAUAAGGUGGCAACACUCACUGUAGAUGCUUCAUUCAAGGACGGCUAUAAGAUGCUACAGGUCUAUAGCAGCUACAAGUCCCCCAGUAAAUCGUACCUGCAGAUCCAGAAGUUCCGUUCAACUCCACAGGUGAUGUCCAGGGGACAGGUGCUGUCUUCUGGAAGAGGCAGCUCUUCUUCCCUCACCCUGACCCCACAGGAGUCCUGGGCUCCCUUGGCCUGCAUUGUCGUAUACUGUGUACAUUCCGAUGGAGAGAUCUUCAAUGAUGCACUGCAUGUUCCCAUCGCCCAAGAUCUAAAAAACGAGGUGUCUCUGAGCUGGAGUGAGGACAGGGCCAGGCCUGCUGAUGAGGUGUCUCUCAAGGUGUCUGUUGCUGAGCCCGGUUCACUGGUGGGGAUUCUGGUGGUGGAUCAGGCAACACGCUGGCCGCACUCACACAAUGACAUCACCAAGGACAUGGUACUGGAGGAGAUGGCAGAAUACGACAGAAAGACGACAGGCGACAUGAGAAUGGGAGAUCCCUACUCCAUCUUUACGACAUCUGGCAUCAUGGUUUUGACAGAUGCCAAGUUGGAGAAGAUGGGGGAGCAAUUGAGACCUCAAUUUCGGGAGGGAAUCCAAUUGCCUGGAGAUGAGGGGGAUGAUAUGGAACAGGAGGAGCAGGAGCCUCGGGAACGCAGGGACUUCCCUGAGACCUGGCUGUGGCUGGACACCAACACAGGGGAUUCUACCACAGCUGAGUUCCCUCUGACUUUACCGGACAGCAUUACUACUUGGGUAGCCACUGCCUUUGUCAUGUCUGCUGAUCUGGGCCUAGGCAUCAUUGACCCUGCAAAGCUCACAGUGUUCCAGGACUUCUUUCUGUCCUUGAAUUUACCUGCUUUCAUCAUCCGAGGAGAGCUGCUGGUCGUGGAGGUCACUCUCUUCAAUUACCUCGAACAGGAUCUCGAGGUGAUGGUGAUUGUUUCCCAGAGUGACUCGUUUGAGUUUGUCUUCCCGGACAAUGAGGAGCUCUCUAUGGCCAGUACACGUACUGUGUCUGUGGGGAGUCAGAACGGAACCUCUGUCCUAUUUCCCAUCAGGCUACUGGUCCUGGGGGAGAUCCCAAUCUCGGUCGAAGCCAAAUCGUCUGUGGCCUCUGACGCCGUCCGCCGGAUGGUUCUGGUCAAGCCUGAAGGACUUGAGCAGUCUAUUUCGAAGACCAUGUUUCUGGAGCUGGUGGGGUCAGAGAAAAGCCUUUCCAGGGAAGUGUCGUUCACCUUCCCUGCAGAUGUUGUGGAGGGCAGUCAGCGAGCACAAGUGACUGCAGUCGGUGACAUCCUUGGACCGUCCAUCAUGGGCCUGGAGUCCCUCAUCCAGAUGCCUUCUGGUUGCGGGGAGCAGAACAUGAUCCACUUUGCUCCCAACAUAUAUGUCAUCCAGUAUCUGACCGCGUCUGGACAAGCUGACCACGAUACCUUGAUUAAAGCCACGUCUUACAUGAUGAAAGGAUAUGAACGUGAACUGUCCUACCAGAGAGAUGACGGUUCCUUCAGUGCUUUUGGGGAUAGUGACUACUCUGGAAGCACAUGGCUCUCUGCGUUCGUACUGAAGUGCUUCCUGCAGGCAAGGCCCUUCAUCUCCAUUGAUGGCAGAGUGCUGGUCAGUACCGCCGCCUGGUUGGGGGCCCAGCAGGGGAAGGAUGGGGCCUUCUUGGAGCCCGGCCGGGUCAUUCACACUGAGCUCCAGGGAGGCCUGGAUGGCCCUGUAUCUCUCACAGCCUACGUUCUCAUGGCUCUACUGGUGGAUGACAUCUACAAGAACAUGUAUGCGAGCCAGGUUUCCGGGGCCCUGGUGUUUUUGGAGACCAGGCUUGCUCUAGGCAUCUCCAGUAACUACAGCCUGUGUCUGGCCACCUACGCUCUGACCCUGGCCAACAGCGAGAGUGCAGAACGAGCGCUGGCACAGCUGAUGGGACGAGCAGAGAUGAAGGACGGUGUUCCAUCCUGGAGUUCAUCAGGCAUAGGACUUUCUGAGUCGUGGCAGCCGCGCUCCGCAGACAUCGAAAUGGCUGCCUACCUGCUGCUCUCCCUCCACAAGCUAUCAAGGCUGGAGGAGGGCUUCAGCCUCAUGAAGUGGCUCAGCCAGCAGAGGAACUACUUGGGAGGAUACAGCUCCACACAGGAUACAGUGAUAGCCCUGCAGGCCUUGUCUGAGUACGCAGUCUACAGUGGGUCUCAACUCAUCAAUCUCCACAUUACAGUCAACACAGCACCCUCAACCACAGUGGCCAGCUUCCACAUCAACUACACCAACUAUUUGCUAUACCAAAGCCGAGAGAUCGAGACAGGCAGAGAGGUACGCUUAAAGGUUUCUGCCAAGGGCCAAGGAUUCGCUCUGUUUCAGUUUAAUGUGUUUUACAACUUAGAGAGCAGAGGGUUGUCACGGAAAUGGAGAGAUGCUGCACAGGAGGCGUUUGAUUUGCACAUUGAGUUGUUUGACACGAACAUGUACUACAUCCAUCUUUACAUUUGCACAAGUCUGUUGGAGGGCCAAGGCAUUAAUCAGACUGGCAUGGCCAUUCUAGACGUGGGCCUUCUCAGUGGCUUCAUCUUGGCUCAGGAUGGCAUCGAGACCAACGAUGUGGUUCGGAGAGUGGAAACGCCUCCGGGGAAAGUCAUUCUCUACCUGGACUCUGUGACAAUAGAGGAGAUGUGUGUGAAAGUCCCUCUAGUCAUGGACUUCAAGGUUGCCAACGUCCAGGAUGCAACGGUUCUCAUCUAUGAUUACUACGAGCCCCGGAGGAAGACGGUGAGGACAUACCAGUCCUAUUGGAGGUAUGACAUGGGCGCCUGCUCAUUCUGUGGGGAAGACUGCAGCCAGUGUAAAGGACAGAUGGCCUAUGUGUCUAACAGUGUAUCUGUCUCCCACCAUUGCCACCAUGUGGCCACUCUCGCCUGUUCUCUCCUUGUCCUCCUGGCCUGCAGCUUGUAAAAGAGAUCUGUAUAGACUUGUUAUACCAUUUGGUUGUUUAAUAAUAAGUGGAAACUGAUUUUACUGAAUAGGUUCGGGAAGUGUGAGGUAUUUUUUUUUCUCAAUCAAGGUUUUAUUAAAUCUUGCUCUGCAGUAUAUUUUGUCUUAGGCAUCUCAAAGUCAUGCACUGGAAUGUUUGUAAAAUACUGUUUAGAACUUUUUAUUGGACUUUUAAGUGAAAUAUAAAUAGAGGUACCAGAGCGCAGUACAUUACAGGCAUAUUAUGCAUUUAUUUGAAUUCUUCUUGUCAUCACUUUUAAGGCAUUAAUGAAAAGUACAAUAUAGUAUUUCACAAUUAAUGUAAUGACUGACUGUCACAAUCUGAUAUGUCUUCAUAUGUUGGGUAUGAUCGUGUACAAUGUAAUAUACAGUCUGUUAAAUAAAGAGAAAGACACCCUU